AAAAAAAAGAGAACAAAAAAGUAGACUAAUAAGCAGCUUAAUACCAAGGAAAGAAAACAAGAAAGCACAUCGGAAAAGAAUAGAUGGAAAAGAGGCGGAGGACCGGGAGGGCAAAGUGGUAGAACCGACGGCGAUUGGCAAUAAAAGAAAUGGAGAUGUAGUUCAUGGCUUCUGUGGACUACAAAGCAGAAGACUUUGCUUCCUUGUAGAAAUAAAAAACAGCUCCCAAAGCCCAUAAUCUGUUUAACCUUUCUUUCAUGUUCGUCUAAGCAUUCAUAUUUUCGCAGUUUUAAACUUUAUUGUGUUGUAUACAAUGAAAUAUGCCAUCACCAGGAGGUUAUCUUGUGUAGAUGGAAAGUAAGCGGAUGAAGGAAGAUAUUGUCCAUGCUGCAUUGACCUGUGAUGACAUCCUACAGGAAAUCCUUCUUCGGUUACCUGAGAAAUCUGUUUUCCAACUCAUACUUGUAUCAAAAAGGUGGCUUCGUUUAAUUUGUAGCUCUUCUUUCCAAUAUGGUUACCAUACUCGAUGGAAGUCAAAUCUUCACUUUGUGGGUUUCUUUGUUUGCAAUCUUUUGUAUCUUGGAAGACGUAAAAAUGGCAUACAUCGCCCUCGAUCAGAACCUGCACUUCGGUUGUUGCCAACUUGUGGAGAAGGUGAUGAUUUAAAGUUUUCUGGAGCCCUCAAACAGCUUGGUUAUUUCAUUGACUCAUCCAAUGGCCUUCUUCUUUGUGGUUACCACCCGAUGAUAUAUCGUGUUUGGAACCCAUUGACCAAGCAAACAGACCAACUUCCUCAGCCUCAGCGGUACUAUAAAAAUUUGUGUGUGGCAUUUUUCACAGAGAACUGCUCUGAUGGGGCCCUUCACUAUAAGUUUAUUCGUGCAAGAUGUGAAUGUAGAAUUGUCGAAGUUAAAACGGUAUCCAUUGAGAUGUACUCAUCAGUGACGGGCACGUGGAAACAUUUUACCCUAACUUGCUCUUCACCUUUUGGCUUGUCUCCUUGGACAGCAGCUACUGUGAUUAAUGGUGUCAUUCACUGGUUUGCAACACAGGGAAAUAUAGCCAUUUAUGAUCCACGUUUCGGAGAUAGGCGUAUAGUUUUGGUUAAACUACCAACUGGUAAGCUGUCUUAUGAUUAUGAUGAAACUGUUCUGGGAGAGUCUUCUGAUGGACUUUUACAGUAUGGUCAGAGUAGUAACUUGGGUAUCGAGAUAUGGGUUCUUGAGAAGGAGGAAGGUUGUUUCUCAUCCAAUAACAUUAGCAAUAUGGAACUGAAGAACAGGUGGAAUUUGAGAUACAGGCUCCAUUUCAAAACAAUGUGGAAGCAUAAUCCAAACUUAGGCAAGCCUCCUAAAGAAUCUCAAAUAUUGUCAUUCCUUCCUCGGAAUUCUGAAUUUGUCUUCAUCAGAUCCGGAAGCAAUAUAUUUCUCUGCCACCUAAAAAACAAGAGUCUGGAGGCAGUUCAUUAUACCGGCCGUGGCAAUACCAUUAUGUGGGAUUUCAGCAAAGUAGCUCCCUACUUCAAACCUGUUUGGCCCCAUUCUUCUAUAUGUGACAAUGUAUAGAGUAUGGUUUGGUUCUUUGAUUCAUACAAUUCCAUUCCAUGACUAUGAGUUUGCUUUAGCUGGUUUUUAAUAUCAUUAAAAUAUGACACUGUAGGCAUUGGGAUGUAGCUUCUAUUUUGCUGUAGUAUGUUGAAGUCGGUGAGUAGUAUAUAUGUGCAUACAAAUCUCCUCCUUCCUGUUU